UGCGUUCUGCCCCUGGGGAGCAGGAGUGCUGAGGAGAGGCAGGGCGCAAGGUGGAGGGCGGCGGCCUGCUCUGUCCCUCUGACUGGCUGCAGCGGGUCCUCCUCCCCGAGGGUUCAACAUCGACCAGGCUCCAGGGGCACCAUCGAACGGCCGCUCUCUGUCCGCGUGGGCAGCGCAAUGCUCCCGGCGCUGGCCAAAGCCACUGCAGCCCUGGGCCCGCGGGUGGCCGGGCGGGUGCGGACCAUGGCCUCCCACCAGCUGCGGGUGCCCCCGCCGCAGCGCCUGCUCGGGCCCCUCUCGGUCCCCAGCCGGCUGCUGCUUGGGCCUGGGCCCUCGAACCUGGCCCCUCGGGUCCUGGCGGCGGGGGGCCUGCAGAUGAUCGGGCACAUGCACAAGGAGAUGUACCAGAUCAUGGACGAGAUCAAGCAAGGGAUCCAGUACGUGUUCCAGACCAGGAACCCCCUGACGCUGGCCAUCAGCGGCCACUGCGUCCUGGAAGCUGCCCUGUGCAACCUCCUGGAGCCCGGCGACUCCUUCCUGGUUGGGGUCAACGGCAUCUGGGGGCAGCGGGCUGUGGAAAUCGGGGAGCGCGUGGGAGCCCAUGUGCACCCAAUGGUCAAGGAGCCCGGCAGCCACUACACCCUGCAGGAGGUGGAGGAGGGCUUGGCCAAGCACAAGCCGGUGCUGCUGUUCCUGACCCACGGGGAGUCGUCCAGUGGCGUGCUGCAGCCCCUGGACGGCUAUGGGGAGCUCUGCCACAGGUAUAGGUGCCUGCUCCUAGUGGAUGCUGUGGCCUCCCUUGGCGGGGUCCCCAUCUUCAUGGACCAGCAAGGCAUCGACGUCCUGUACUCGGGCUCCCAGAAGGUCCUGAACGCCCCUCCCGGGACUGCGCUCAUCUCAUUCAGCGAAGAGGCCAAAAAGAAGAUCUACUCUCGGAAGACGAAGCCGGUCUCCUUCUACCUGGACAUCAAGUGGCUGGCCAACUUCUGGGGCUGUGACGACCAGCCCAGGAUGUACCACCACACCACCCCGGUCAUCGGCUUGUAUGCCCUGAGGGAGGGCCUGGCCCUCAUAGCGGAGAAGGGCCUGGAGACGAGCUGGCGGCAGCACCGGGAGGCCAUGACGCACCUGCACGAGCGCCUGCAGGGGCUGGGGCUUCAGCUCUUCGUGAAGGACCCGGCACUCCGGCUGCCCACAGUCACCACCGUGGCUGUGCCUGCUGGCUAUGACUGGAGGGACAUCGUCAGCUACUUAAUAGACCAUUUCAACAUCGAGGUCACGGGCGGCCUUGGGCCCUCCCUGGGCAAGGUGCUGCGGAUCGGCCUGCUGGGCUGCAACGCCACCCGUGAGAACGUGGACCGUGUGAGCGACGCGCUGAGGGAGGCCCUGCAGCACUGCCCGCGGAGCAAGCUGUGACCCCGGGUGGCCUGAGCAGGCAGGCUGCAAGGCCAAGGACUGGGGCGGAGCCUGGCACAAGCAGGGGCAGAGCUGCUGGGUGGGCGGCCGUCCCCCUCAGGCGGGACCCCUGGGAAAGGCCCUCUGGGCGCGGACCGUGCUGUCACAGCCCUCUGGGAACAAUAAAAGGCUGUCAGUCACCUCUCCUCCA